GUUGGUCCGCCUCUCACUUCGUGCAUUUGGCUCAUAGUACCUUACUUUUACGGUAUUAUUUUUGUUUAGUUGCGUGUUUGUGUCUGUUUGUGAUUCGCUGCUAAAUUCAUCUAAUAAUCGUCAAACAUGUCUGAACCAAUUCGUGUCGUCGUGACCGGAGCUGCUGGCCAGAUCGCCUACUCGCUGCUGUACAUGGUGGCCAAGGGAGAUGUGUUCGGACCAAACCAACCGUUGAUCCUGCAUUUGUUGGACAUUCCACCGAUGAUGGGCGUGCUGGAGGGAGUCGUUAUGGAACUUGAUGACUGUGCCCUGCCACUGCUCGUCAGCGUUGUUCCGACGGCCGACCCGGCCGUUGCAUUCAAGGACGUUGAUGCCGCCUUCCUAGUUGGCGCGAUGCCUCGCAAGCAGGGCAUGGAGCGAAAGGAUCUUUUGUCGGCCAACGUUAAAAUCUUCAAGGUUCAGGGCGAGGCACUUGACAAGCAUGCCAAGAAGGAUGUGAAAGUGCUGGUGGUUGGCAAUCCGGCCAAUACCAACGCGCUGGUCUGCUCACACUACGCACCAUCGAUUCCGAAGGAAAACUUCACGGCCAUGACGCGCCUGGACCAGAACCGCGCUCAGGCUCAGAUUGCCGGCAGGCUCGGCGUGGGCAUCACGAAAGUGAAGAACGUUAUCAUUUGGGGCAACCAUUCCGCUACUCAGGUCCCAGAUGCGCGCAAUGCCUCGGUUGAGGUCAAUGGCGCAGUAAAGACGGUACCAGAGGCCGUCGCCGAUGACGAGUUCUUGAAGCAACAGUUCCUUGAAACAGUGCAGAAGCGUGGAGCGGCCGUUAUUGCUGCGCGCAAGAUGUCUUCGGCGAUGUCCGCUGCUAAGGCGGCAAGUGAUCACAUGCGCGACUGGUUUGCGGGAACUCGCGACGGCGAGUACGUGUCGAUGGGCGUAAUUUCGGACGGCAGUUACGGUGCGCCAAAGGACAUCGUGUUUUCGUUCCCGGUUCAAAUCAAGAACCGCCAGUGGAAGAUCGUACAAGGUCUGUCGGUGGACGAGUUCACGCGCAGCAAACUCGAUGUUACCGCCAAGGAACUACUGGAGGAGAAGGAAGAAGCCAUGGCCGUGUGUGCCGCCGAUUGACUAGUUAAACUGUAAAGCAGAAUUUUGUACUAAACAUCGACACCAAACAACCACAAAAAAGCACGCACGAUCCCUAGAAGAAAAAAUGGAAGUCAGUUUCGCACCGAUUUGAUUCCGUUUUGUUUAUGUAUGUUAUCUGUUGGUUUCUUCAAAAUUUUGUUUUACAGUUUAUUUAUAAAGAUGUUAUCAUCGUCGAAGAUACGUAUUUUGCGAGUAUCUUCGGUAUUUUGAUCUGCGGAAAACGCUUGAUGGAGUUGCUUUUAUCAAUUGGCCUAUACUGUAGCGUUAGAAGUAACAACUUGAUAAUGAUGGAAAUAUAUACAAGAUAUAACUCAAUUCUCAGUAGACCAAUUAUUGAUUGUAGCAGAAUUAGUAAAAAUGCAAGCCGGAAAUUUAAGAAUGCAAUAAAUUGUCCUAAUAGAAUACGCGCGCCUUUUUUCUCUUGAAAUAAAAGAUUUUUCGUAGUUCUAUGACAAAGUUAUAAUUCAGAAACAAUACCAACGAAAUGCACUAUUACGCAACGAGCCUAACUCCUAAUUGUAUAUACAUGCUAUAAAAUGCAUGACAAAAGUAUUUUCUGUUUUAGUUCUGUUUUGUUAAAGUAAUGAUAAUUCAAGCCCAUUACCUCUAUUGCGUUUCAACCAUAGUAAAAAAGG